UGAUUUUAUUAUGUAAACUCUUACACUUACCGUAAUAUGCUACUAAUUGCCUUAAUCCUACCAUAUAGCCUUUCUAUGGUGAAACUUAUACAUGUAUGUAUUUCGUGACAACCCUGUCUCCGUCACGAGUCUGUGACCUCAAUUUUAUCCACCAUUUUCUUUCGUAAACAGGAAAAUUUUUCUAUGUGAAAACAAAUCGUUUAAUUUAGCUUUAGUAUAGUGAAUUGAGUAACUUUGAUAGUGCGUCGUUGUGCAAAAAUGUCGGAUAGUUCUAAAAACGAACGUAAAUCUGAUAGAGAAGACACAGAUAAAGAACAUUUGAGCAGUGAAAAUCGGAACGUCGAUAAAAAUGUUCAGAGUCGAGAUACGGCGAAAAAACACAGAACUGUAUCCUUUGACAAGAAAAGAAGUAAUACUAGCUCAGGUAGUAGUACUUCUAGUUCACCCAGACCUAAGUUUCAGAAAUCUAAGAGAUCUCGUCGGGACUCUAGUUCUGAACAUAGCAGAGAUCAACGGCGUCGAUCUUAUACACCUGAUUUGAACAAGAAUAGACCACGUCGUGCUGGUCAUUCUUCUUGUGAGAAAUCCCGUCGGGAUUCAAGUCAGGAAGAUAGACGUGAACAACGCCAUCGUUCACGUGUAUCAAAGAAGAGUAAGAAGAGAUCACGUCGUGCUGAUACUUCUUCUUCAGAUAGCUCAGUGUACAGCCAGUACAGUGAGUCUAGUCCUAACUACAGGAGACAUGGCCGGCAUCGUCGGUCAUAUUCACCUCAUAAGGGUUAUAAGAAGUCACAUCGUGCUGACAGAUAUCACAGGGAACAUAAAAGGCGUUUUCGAUCACCUUCAUCUUCCCCUGAAAAUAGAUCUAGAUAUGAUAAAUUCAAAUCUCGAAGAAUAUAUAAUCAUAGUUCUAAUGAUACGUCAACUCAUAUGCCCCAGGUUCAAAAAAGGGCAUACUUUGAUUAUCAACAGCGUGAGGAUUUCACACGUUCAGUCCCAUCGUGCGGACUUCCUUAUCAAAAGUUUGACAAUGCUGGUGAAUCAGCUUUUUCAGUCGGAAAAAACACUUUUUCGCAAGAAUCGCGUAAAUUUCCUAUGCGUUUUCUACAAUCUCUUCCUACUAUGAGGCAAUCGGACAUUCCUCAUGGAGGCCAUUCUUUUGAAGAACGUGGUACUGAUUUUAUUCCUGGUAUGUCUAGACAGGAGAGACAACUGAACAGAGAUCACAUGUAUUCAUCUCCUCCUGUUGUACCACGUACUACUUCACUAGAAGAAACUUUUUCUUUAAAUGAAGACAUUGAAGAAGAACAGCCAGCAGUGGAAGUGUCCAUUUCAGAUGAAAUGACACAGGCAGUAAGUAUGGUAAGGGACUGCUUCCCAGAUCUUAUAGGUGAGUUAUCUACACCAAAAUCGGCAUAUAAAUCCAAAUCUUUAGUCAGGGAUAAAACACCCAUUGUGCCAAAAUCACUUGAAUUGCCACUUUGUCCGGGUGUUAAACACAAUCUGGCUGAAGGUGUUCAUCUUUUCAAGGAUUAUCCUCCAAAUGCAUUCUUGAAGGAUUUUCCCAGCUUUGACAGCAAACGGUUUAAACUUAAUAAGAAAUUAUAUCAAGUUGUACCUUCAGAAGCUGGAGUUAAACCCUGUGAAUUAGAUGUUGACUUUCCUACGAUAGUCUCAUCUAAAUUCAAGAAUCAAAAACAGGGUAACACAGGUCAAACAACCAAGUCCGAGAUAAACCCUCGACCUUUUCUGGCCAUCAAGACAAUGGCAGAUUGGGAGGGAGUUGUAAGAGAGCAAUUGCUAACAACAUCCCAUACAGAGUGGUUCAUAGGCACAGUGAAACCUCUUUUUGAAGAGUUACUUGCACAAGGUAACACUUCGGAGGAAGAUGUCUGGAAAGAGAAGCUUGAAAAAGCGCUCACACUUGUUAAAGUAGCAGGCAGGUGUAUUGAAGAUAAUUAUCGCCUGACUACAUACCUCCUGAAUCAAAUAGUAGCUUGUAGGAGGCACUCAUACAUUGGGAUGAGAGCAGACAGGGACAUCCCCUUCAGUAUUACUAAGGAAUUGAUGUCUUUAGAUAGCAGUUCUGGAAAAUUAUUCCAGAACAAAUUGCCAGAUGUCAAAGAUAGCCUCAGAACUGCUAAAGCUGACUUAGCUCAGACUCGCAUUUUGGACUAUACAGCUCCAAAGAAGAGUCAAUCUGACAAACCUGGUUUUUCAGAUAAUAAAGAAUCAGGUCAAUCUUCCUUUCGAGGUAGAGGAAGAGGAAGUAACAGAGGCUAUAACAGGGGAAAUAGAGGCCGAGGUAGUUCAAGAGGAGUUGCCAAGUCCUCUAAAGGCCGGGGUCGUGGUACCCCUAAGUGA